CCUUCAGAAUUCUUAAGAAGAGCUUAUUCACGCCCACUUAUUGAAUCCAACUCCCUCAAAAUUAAGCGCACGAGGCAGCCACCCCUCUCUCUCUCGACUGCUCCUCAGUUCACCCGUGACAUUAGGCUGCACAGGAGUGGCAUCUCAUUAUUUCCCAAUGGCUGCUGCCCUAAAGGCCUUCUUGAAUAGUCCAAUGGGACCAAAGACCACUCAUUUUUGGGGUCCUGUUGCCAACUGGGGCUUUGUAAUUGCUGGAUUGGUAGACACAAAAAAGCCCCCAGAAUUGAUAUCUGGAAACAUGACUUCAGCAAUGUGUGUUUAUUCGGGGCUUUUCAUGAGGUUUGCUUGGAUGGUACAACCUCGUAACUAUUUGCUUCUAGCCUGCCAUGUCUCCAAUGAAAGCGUUCAACUCUACCAACUGUCACGGUGGGCAGCUGCUCAGGGCUGCAUGAUGAUUGGCGCCGCAUGAUGAUUGAAGUCGUAGCAACAUUGUUUUGUCGGCAGCACUGUGGCACCGACUCCUAUCACUGUAGACAGCACUGUGGCACCGACACCUGUUACUGUAGAUAAACUUUUCACUAUACAAAGGCCACCUGUCCUGGCCACCUGUCUCGAUUUAAAUUUUUUUGAAUUUCAGAUUUCAAAUCCGCAGUCUAUAAAUAGUCCUUCGAGGCAUUGUAAUCGACAUGGUGCUUCUAGAGCCUCUCAGCCUGCUUAGUCUUGGUUGUGCUUUAGUCCAGUGUGCUUGAGUCUUUAGUAUGCUUUCUUAUUAUGCUUUCCUGCUUUCUUCUGCUAGUUUUUUAUGCCUGGAAGAUCUUUUCUUCUCUUCUCUGUAAGAUCUCUCCUUCUUAUCUUAUAUAUUGUGUAUCCUAUUUAUAUUCCUGUUUAUAAAGUUAUUAGACUUUGGUGUG